AUGGCUAGGAAAAAUAAUAGAAAUAAAAGAAGGGCAUAUAUAGAUUGGUUACGUGAUAAAGAACGUGAUAUGCGUGAGAAAUAUGAAAAUAAGAGACUUAGAAAGAUAUCACUUAAUAAACAAGAGGUUAUAAAGUCUGAUUUUAGAAAUUUAUCAAAUAGUACAGAUAUAAAGAUGAUAAAAGUACGGAAACAAUCAAAAGUUGAUAAAAGAGCUCAAAGACGAUUAAAUAAGUUAGCUAAUAUUAAGAAAAUGAAUGUAUCAAUGGAUCUAUAA